AUGUCUCUCCCAUCAGCUCCCCUCGCCAACCCAUCUAUCUAUCCUUCUCCAAGCUUUGCCCCUGUGGGCCUUUCACGACUCUCUCACGCUCCCUCCAGCGACACACGCGCGUCACGCGUCGUGCUACCAGACCAGCCCGGCAACGUGCCACACUCCGAAGCGUCCGGUCCGACGUCCACAGCAAGCAUGGGUCAGCACGAUUUCUCCGAUGGCUUGCUGCAGUACAUGUCACGAGAAGUCGGUACCGAGGGGAGCGUGCGCGCCCUCGCCCCGCUUUCCGAGGUGCUCGAUUCGCUGCCGUCGAUCAGGGGCUGCAACCACCACUUUUUGUUCCGCGCCGCUUGGGCCCCCCUUAUCGCAUGCGGGCUGCGAGUGCCGGGCGCAUCCAGCCUUUGCUUGCUUCGGGAGGCCGAGGGGCCGUGCGUGUGCCUGGGCUCCGCAGACAACCCAGCGCCCAGCACGCCCGGGAUCUGCGGGCGGGCUGUUAUGGGGUGUGAUUGGCGGGUGAGGCUGGGAUUGACGACGUUGGGGCGGAACAUGGCGCGAGGAAGCGGUCGAGUAGGAUGGUGGGGAUGA